GAAUGUAUUUUUUAUUUUUGAAUUAUUUGUAGGGACCGGAGCGGGACCGGGUCUUUUUCCUGCCGUUUUUGAAGAUGCCUGGAUGAAACCGGGAUCGGGAAUUCCCGGUUUUCCUGGUCCGCGUCCUGGCCGGUUAAUUUUAAUUUUUCGGUUCCGGCUUUCAAAAUUUCGCCCACUAGUUAUUCUAAUUAAUUAAAUUUUUAAAAUUUGUUUUUGUUAUUAUUGAAAAUUUAUUUUUUAAUUUAUUUUUAGUUGUUAUUUAUUUUUUAAAAAAUUUUCAAAAGGAAAAAUGUCUCAAGAAAGUACAAUGAUUUGCAUUGACAAUUCUGAAUGGAUGCGUAAUGGGGACCUUCCACCAACUCGCUUUAAUUGUCAACAAGAGGCAGUCCGUGCUUUAGUUCAUUACAAACUUCGAAGCAAUCCGGAAAAUGCUGUUGGGUUAAUUUCUCUUGCAAAUCGUGUGGAGGUGUUAAACUCUUUAUUGACCGAUGAUCGGAAAUUAAUGGUUCGCCUGCACAGUUUGGAAAUUAACGGUUCUACAAAAAUCUUUCCUGGAGUAAAAACUGCUUAUUUGGCUUUAAAACAUCGUAAAAUCCGCACUCACAAAAUGCGUAUAAUUGUUUUUGUUGGAAGUCCAUUGGAUCAGCUUUUAACGGAGAAAGAUUCGUUUCUCAAAUUCGCCAAAAAACUUAAAAAAGAAAAGGUUAAUGCAGAUUUUGUUCUUUUUGGUGAAGCUAUGGCAGAAAAUAACCAAAUUGUUUCCGAUUUUAUUAAUAUAUUGAAUGGACCAGACGGCCAAGGCUCUCAUCUUUUGGUUGUUCCAGCUGGAGACACUAAACUUUAUGAUGCAAUACUUCGCUCGCCUAUUUGUGAGGGUGGUGGGAAUAUUGGAGCUGGGGCUGAUUUUGGUAUUAAUGAGGAGGAUGAUCCGGAAUUGGCUAUGGCACUUCGAAUCUCGUUGGAAGAGCAGCGUGUCAGACAACAAGGAGGAGGGGAUGCUCCCCCACAAGUUGAAGAACAACCUCAACAGGAAGAAGAUAAUGCAAUGGAUGUUGGAGAAGAAAGAGGGGAUGAAGGAGGUUCAAAGAAGACUGCUGAUGUUGUUGAAAAGUCUCAAGUUCCGCCAAUUAAUUUUGAAGAGAUGACAGAAGAAGAACAAAUGGCUUAUGCUCUUCGAAUGUCUGUUGAACAUGCUACUGAAAGUCAACAACCUAGCCGUUCCCGUUCUCCAUCAAUGGCAACACCUGCACCAACACCAAUGGAAACUGAAGAAGAAGGAGGUGGAGGACAAAAAGUUGCUGGAGCUGGUGUUGUUGGGGAUUUGUUGAAUGAUCCGGCUCGUCUACAACAAUUGGUUGAUCAAAGAGGUAAACAAUCCCAAGAGGUUAAAGUAACACAAUAUCCAAAUUCUGAUAAGAAAACUGACAAAAGUGCUGGGUCAUCUAAAGAAGACAAGGAUAAACAGAAAAAAUGA